AUGAGAAGCACAGACUACCUGAUCCAGCUAAAACAGGAUAAUCACCGUGACAACAGGAGAGACAGUGUAUUGGACAGAUAUUCCUACCUGAUCCAUCUACCCAGAGACACAUCAGACCCUACCCAGAGACACAUCAGACCCUACCCAGAGACACAUCAGACCCUACCCAGAGACACAUCAGACCCUACCCAGAGACACAUCAGACCCUACCCAGAGACCCAUCAGACCCUACCCAGAGACACAUCAGACCCUACCCAGAGACACAUCAGACCCUACCCAGAGACACAUCAGACCCUACCCAGAGACACAUCAGACCCUACCCAGAGACACAUCAGACCCUACCCAGAGACACAUCAGACCCUACCCAGAGACACAUCAGACCCUACCCAGAGACACAUCAGACCCUACCCAGAGACACAUCACACCCUACCCAGAGACACAUCAGACCCUACCCAGAGACACAUCAGACCCUACCCAGAGACACAUCAGACCCUACCCAGAGACCCAUCAGACCCUACCCAGAGACACAUCAGACCCUACCCAGAGAAACAUCAGACCCUACCCAGAGACACAUCAGACCCUACCCAGAGACACAUCAGACCCUACCCAGAGACACAUCAGACCCUACCCAGAGACACAUCAGACCCUACCCAGAGACACAUCAGACCCUACCCAGAGACACAUCAGACCCUACCCAGAGACACAUCAGACCCUACCCAGAGACACAUCAGAACCUACCCAGAGACACAUCAGACCCUACCCAGAGACACAUCAGACCCUACCCAGAGACACAUAGAGAUAAUGAACCCAUUGGUUCUCAAGCCCUUUAGGGAAUCCCUGCAUGCCUGGUCGUGA